AAGACCAAAAUCCACAGAUCCAGCGGAUCAAUCUUCUGAUAAUUGCAACGAGUUACCAACAAUAAGACUCCUUCCUCUAAAGAUGGUUGCUUCAUGCUGGUGGAGAUGCCUCGCUAUUGCAGUUUUGGUGGCCUGUAUGGCAGGAUCAAUGGCCCUGUCGGAGAAUUCGAAUAGCUGGAACCCAAGUGGAACUACCGGCAAACCCGCCUUGAUAAGAACAGAGCUUCGAUUUGGACGUAAUCUGGACCCCUCCAAGGUGCGAGUGGUCAGUGUCAAGGGCAGCAAAGGCGACGACGUUGAGAUCCUUGUAGGAAAAAAUAGCCGCAAGGCUAGGGCUGAGGAUGCAGCUGGCUCCUUCUUUGUACGCAGUUCAGAUGUCAAACGUCCUGUUAUCUCGCCACCCAGCAAUGCCAGCGGUCGCCAGUUGACCUUUGAACACAGUCCGGCAUUGUUGAAGCAAAGCGAGUUAGCCCGCCAGAUGGGAGAAUAUCGCCAGAGGAAGGUCGAGGCGGAGCAGCGGCAGGCCAAGCUGAUACAGCUCCAGUUGGCCAAGGCCCAAUCAAAAGCUCUGGAGUUUGGGUCGGUUCAGGGAGCUGGUGAUUCCCGACGUGGACGCCAACUGGCAGCGGAUAUAUCCUGGCAACCAACGGCUCAGAAAAACAACCGUGAUAGCUUCUCCUUCGCCAACGAUCGUCAAUGGCAACCAUUUUCGUUGGCCGACUCUGUUGAGUUCUAUCCCAGAAUCCAACGACAGGCUGCCCAGGCUCCUGGCUUAAGUUUCCCCCGUGACAUGGAAUACGCGGCUUCGGAAACCCACGAGUUCUAUGACAACGAGAGGGAUAAUCGUGCAUACGCCAGCAGUGGAGGAUCCCAGCGUUACCGUCCGCAGAAUAUUAUCACAAAACACAACUACAAUGCCUUGCCGCAGAAAUCCAAGUACGUUACCUACAUGCCUCAUUCUGUGGUGGUGACCGCCAGCGCCGGAGUGGCAGCUCCAACGGCUACGCCCGUUCGGCGACCGGCCCAAUUCAGCGGACACGGCAGUCCGCAUCGCAAUCCCAUCGGCCAAAGCACCCACAGCGUAGUCGACGGACCUGCCGUGACGCUCAUUGAGGGUGUCCGAGUGCCGGACACCGCCGAGGAUAAGGUCAAGACCUGGCGUAACGCUCGAGUCCUAAACAACCAGCUGGUGCCAUAUCCCGAGGGCUACACGCCGCCUCGGGUGCAGAUGCCCAGCUUCGAUAGAUAGACUCGGAGCCAGGAUGUUUCCGGUUCCGGUUCCGGUUUUUGGGUGCUCAAUGGUUACUGCUAUUUAUUGAUUUGUUUAUUGUUAAGUUAUUUAUAAAUGUUGCAUUAAAGUUGUCAAGGAAA